ACUUCCUGUUUGGGUUGAAAGCGGAUCUUCCUCUGUCUACAUUUGUCAUUAAGUUGUCCACAUUUUGGGUUAAAUAUCACACACAUACACACACACACACACACAUAUACACGAUAGAAGAUGUCGGAAACGGGGAAUCGACUACGGAAGCUGCUCGAAUCGCCUAAUUUCGACCCGCAGAAUUACGUCAAGCAGCUGUCCCAGCAGUCCGAUGGCGACCGAGACCUGCAGGAGCAUCGUCAGAAGAUCCAGACCCUGGCCGACGAAACGGCCCAGAACCUGAAGAAGAACGUCUACAAGAACUACAGGCAGUUCAUCGAGACGGCCAAGGAGAUCUCGUACCUGGAGAGCGAGAUGUACCAGCUGAGCCACAUCCUGACGGAGCAGAAGAGCAUCAUGGAGAGCAUCACCCAGGCCCUGUUGUCCACAGACAAGGACGAGACCUCCAAGGAGAUGCAGGCCGCUUUCCCCAAAGAGACCGAGGAGCUGAAGCAGAGGACGCUGACCUCACUGCUGGAGAAGGUGGAGGGGGGUAAAAACAUCAUGGACACCCCGGGGAGACACCUCGUUUACAAUGGGGACCUGGUGGAGUUCGACGUGGACAACAUGUCCCCCGUGCAGAAGGUGCACGCUUUCCUGAUGAACGACUGCCUGUUGAUCGCUACCUGGCUGCCGAACCGCAGGGGAACCGUGAAGUACAAGUACAACGCCCUGUACGACCUGGAGAGCUUCGCCGUGGUCAACGUGAAGGACAACCCCCCCAUGAAGGACAUGUUCAAGAUCCUCAUGUUCCCCGACAGCCGCAUCUUCCAGGCGGAGAACAGCAAGAUCAAGAAGGAGUGGCUGGAGAUCCUGGACGAGACCAAGAAGAACAAAGUCACCAAGGACCGGCACACGAAGGAGGAGGAGGUCCCCACGUCCCCCGUGAGGGUGGAGGCGUCCACCAAUCCUUUCGAUCAGGACGAGGACGAGCCGGCAGGCGCGGAAGAAAGCGUGGACCUCAGUCUGGAGUGGAUCCAGGAGCUGCCGGAGGACCUGGACGUCUGCAUCGCCCAGAGGGACUUCGAGGGCGCCGUGGACCUGCUGGACAAGCUCAACGGGUAUCUCCGAGACCAGCCGGUCACCCCGCGGGUCAAGGAGCUGCGGCUGAAGGUGGACGGACGGGUUCGCCAGCUGACGGAGGUGCUGGUCUUCGAGUUGUCCCCAGAUCGGUCGCUUCGGGGGGGACCCAAAGCCACCCGCAGGGCCGUGUCCCAGCUGAUCAGACUAGGCCAGUCCACCAAGGCCUGCGAGUUGUUCCUGAAGAACCGGGCCGUGGCGGUCCAGACCGCCAUCCGGCAGCUCCGCAUCGAGGGAGCCACGCUGCUCUACAUCCACAAACUCUGCAACAUCUUCUUCACCAGCCUGCUGGAGACCGCCAAGGAGUUCGAGAUGGACUUCGCAGGGAACACCGGCUGCUACUCCGCCUUCGUGGUCUGGUCCAAAUCCGCCAUGAGGAUGUUCGUGAACGCCUUCAGCAAGCAGGUGUUCGACAGCAAGGAGAGCCUGUCCACAGCAGCCGAGUGCGUCAAAGUGGCGAAGGAGCAUUGUCAGCAGCUGACGGAGAUCGGCCUGGACCUGACCUUCACCCUGCAGUCCCUGCUGGUCAGGGACAUCAAGGCGGCGCUGCAGAGCUACAACGACAUCAUCAUGGAGGCCACCAAGCACCGAAACUCGGAGGAGAUGUGGAGGAGGAUGAAUCUCAUGACCCCCGAGGCUCUGGCUAAACUCAAGGACGAGAUGCGCAGCUGUGGCAUCCGCAACUUUGAGCAGUACACGGGCGACGACUGCUGGGUGAACCUGAGCUACACCAUCGUGGCCUUCACCAAGCAGAUGAUGAGCUUCCUGGAGGAGGGCCUGAAGCUCUACUUCCCCGAGCUGCACAUGGUGCUGCUGGAGAGCCUGAGGGAGAUCAUCCUGGUGGCCGUGCAGCACGUGGACUACAGCCUGCGCUGCGAGCAGGACCCGGAGAAGAAGGCCUUCAUCGUGCAGAACGCCACCUUCCUGCACGACACCGUCCUGCCCGUGGUGGAGAGCCGGUUUGAGGAGGGCGUGGGCAAGCCGGCCAAACAGCUGCAGGACCUGAGGAAGAGCACCAGGCCGGUCCGGAUCAACCCAGAGAGUACCACGUCUGUGGUCUGAGACUGCAGUGCAGGACCAUGGGCAAAUGCAACUUUAAAAUGCUCUUUUCCUGACUGUUUUGGCAUUUUUAACCCCCGUUCUUGGAAAUAACGGCUAGUUGUUGUUGGUUGUUUUGAGAUUGCAGGACCAGAAAUGACAGGAUGCAUCUUGGAGAACAACAGCAGAACACGAUACCUCACGAUGGGUAUGUGUGAAAAGGUACUUUGCACCUAAAUUUGUACCAACUCUCGAAAAAAUGCCUGUUGAUAUUGGCUAAUAUUGAUGAAAAAGGAUCUGAUAUUAGUUUUGUCGCUGCGAGACUAACCAAGUUAACCAAGAAGUAGCGUCAUUCCUCAAAUCUUUGUAACCGACCAAUGAGAACAGGGUUCUUCGGGACACAUUUGAGACAAACAGCUGAUAAAUGAAUGCUCAUUUCUGAUCAAACUGGUUAUAUGCCAUUGUGUGCAUGUGUGUGUCCCUGUUUUUUUCUGAAAUGUUGUUACACAAUUGAUUACAGAUAUUGGCAAUAUCUGAUCUUAAUUGAAGAUGUUUGUACUCACCAUGAAAAGCUAAUGUUUAUGCAUAAGUUGGAAGCUUUUAGUUUCACGCCACAGGACCAUUAUUAGACACUAAAUAGUAUUGUAGCUGCUAGGACUGAUUAAAAGGGGAUGACUGAAAAGAAAAUGCACUGGUAAAAUCAGAGUUUCAACAACACACAUGAAAUUCAAUAAAGAUCUUCAUGCACA